AUGGCUUCUCCGUCGAGGGGUCGACUAUUACAGCUGAUGCAGGUAUGCUCGAGCCCAGCAACGCACCGCGCCCCUGGCCAAACGCUGGCCAAACUUGACGAUCCCUUCAGGGUACAUCCUGCUAAUGCGCCUAAAAUUCUACAGCUUCAAUGCUCAAUCUUCUCUACGACGUUCAACCCGAUGCAGCAGCGACUGGGCAACAAAGUCCUGCGUCAGCGACUAAGAGGGCCUGCGUUGGCCUCGUACUACCCCAGACGAUCCGCCACUGUGGAAGAUGUCCUGAACGAAUUCAAAAAAUUUGAUCUGGAGGGUUUCAACGAAGAUGAGGAUGACAGACUGGAAAAUGUGGCUUUUGCUAAGUUACGAGGAAAGGGUGCGCCCAAAAAGAAGAAAACGGCAGCAGAGGGUCGCGCCCACAAGAAGAGGAAAUAA